CUACUUAGAGAGUAUAAGGUACACCCUUUCGUCAAACUGACAGGUCUAGGUCAAGAGGUCACUAGGUCAAGAGGUCACCCUAAUUAGCAUAAUUUAUGCAAGGUUAUCGUGGGAGAGUGUGAACGUCAUACUGACAGAUCUAAGUCAAGGUCAAGAGGUCACCCUAAUUUAUGCAUAUAUUAGGUUAUCGUGGGAAAGCGUGAAAUUGGUAAGUUAUGUGUCUAGACAUGUUAGUCUGGCGCGGGUAUUUUGAAAUGCGGCGGUAUUAUGACAUUUUCUGUUGAAAAAUAGAGAAAUGAAUAAGAGAAAAAAUUACGCGCGCACAUCCCCCCGCAUUGCACUUCUAUUCUCUGUGUGUGAGAACUUCUGAGCGCGGGAUUUUUUAUAUUGUUUUCUUGUAGAAAAGGUUUUGUUUACAGAGAAUAUAAAAAAUGCUAGAGUCGCGUGUCUCAAGCACCUUUCAACAAUAUUUGCCGGGACACAUCUGCAGUGAAGGACGUUGCAAAAAAACCAACCGAUCAAGAUGAAGAGAGGUAAUCUCUAUAUUUCAUUUAUUUUAAGAAAAAUUAAAAAAGUUUUAACCUUUUAAAAAUAGUCAUUUAUUUAUUAUAUAAUUAGUGGUUUAUGCAGAAAUCCACCAGGCUCCUGCAGACGCCAGAAACCUCCCAGACCUCGAUGAAUUUUACGAGCCUAUAUCAGAAGAUGAUCUGGCCGAAAUUAACCUGACACAAUCACACUACAAUAUUCCAGACAUCACAUCGUUUCGCCAACUCCUGUAUGAGGGGCAGGAGGAAAACGUUUCCACAAAAGUUUUAAAUCCUUCCGUACGGCUCUCUGUUAACGUCCCUUCACCACGGCCGGCGAGGGAGGACGAUCUUCCCGCCGAAGUCCCUUCUUUACAGUCGGUGUCGGAGGGGGAGGAUCCCCCGGAGGAUGAGCAUCGCCCUCCCGCAUCAUCCGACGUAGUACUCCCUUCUUUCCAGCCCCCGACGGAGACGGAUCUCCCGGAGGAGCAUCAUCUGCCGGCCUCACCCGACGCAGAACAUCCCGGUUUUCAGCCCGAGACGGAGGACAACCGGCCGGGGAGCGUGCAUCGUCCGAAUGAAUCGGAUGACUCUGAGAGGAGAAGAGGAGGUGAAAGACUCAUCAGACGUAUGAGGAUGGUGGAACGGAGAAGAAAGUGGAGUCAGAACCGUCGACGGCAAGCUGUAAUUGGAAGAAAAAGCCUACAACACAGACGUUUGACUCUGACAAGAGAGCUUAUUUCCUUCUGUCGGUAUGUUAUAACGAUGAAGUGAAAUGAUAUAACUUUUUUUUUUUUUUUGUUUUUUUUUUUUGUUUUUGUAAACUGUAGUAAGAGAGUAUGGAUGAAGAAAUAGAUUUAGAGACUUUUUUUAAUCUUUGUCAACCCUCUGUUAUACCAUAUGAAUUAGAGACGGCGGUUAGAGAAUUAAAUCAGACCCUAGGGACUUUAGAGCUCGAAUUAGACGAAGUAGCGGUCGUAGGUGAGAACUUUACGGACGCUUUAACAGAGCUUGAACAAAUUUGCCGUCAGGAAGACUAUUUUCAACCCUUACACAGCGCUCUUUACCGCUUAAAUCAGACCCCCUCCACUGACCCCGCACAGCAGAAUGAAUUGGAGGUACAAUUGGAAGGUCAGGAAGACCCCUCAGAGCAACGAGGAGGAGGAGGGGGAAAUCCGACUCAUGAAGCUGAGUCGAUUCCAGAUCCCCCUCCCCCAGCUACCCCUCCUUCUCCUCUCCCUCCCACCCUUCCAUCUUCUCCCCCUGCCACCCCUCCAGAUCAGAGAGAUCCUGUAGACGCUAUAAACGUUGAAACCAUACGGCGUGACCGCUUCAAUAAUCUAGAGUUGAGAAGUCUUCUAAACUUUCCUCAGAUUGGGCGGGUAAUAGAUUAUGCUACAUUUUACCGCGAAGUCAUGAGAAGCCUUGAAAACCUGUUAGAGAGAGUGAUCCCAGAGCUUAGACCUAAUGAUAUGUUACAGUUGGAAUUGAUAGGUGAAAAUGUGCAGAGACACACCUCAGUCAACUAUCAAAAUGACGACGAAGCGGUUAUGGCGGCUUUUCAAUCCUUAGUGGAUCAAUUAGUACAAUCAAACGCAGCGAUUAUGGAGGAUGGGGGGUUAGAAUUAGUUGUGCAGGUGGUACAUAAUCACAGAGGGGGUGCCAAGAGAAAGUUGGAAAACACUUUAGACUGUGAAAUCCUCUCCAAGAAAGCUCCGCAUCUGUAUGUGACAAACAACUCGAACAACCAACUCUGUUUCGCCGUCAGUUUAGCUCAUCUGAUCGAUUCUAAUCUUACAGAUAGCCAGGCUGUAAACUUUGGGAGAGAGUUACAACGUUUGGCCGGUUUAGACGAACAUACCCCCGUCACCUUCAGCGACAUAUCCAAGUUUGAAAAGAUUGUGAAGCGUAAAAUCAUGGUGUUGUACAGAGACGAGGGCCAGCGCCCCCUCUCUCGAUUUGAGACGGACUCACCCCCAUCAGACAAACCCCUGUAUCUGUAUCUGUCUCAGGAGCAUUACUACGGUAUUAAAAACAUCAAAGGAUUUACAGGGAGGAGAUACAUAUGCAGUUACUGCCACAUUGGAUACAACGACCCUCACAAGCACACCUGUGCCGGUCACUGCUUGGUCUGCAUCGAUCCUACAUGUAGUAAGGAAAAGAGAGAGCCCGUCUUAUGCAAAGAUUGCAACAAAAUGUGUCGCUCCCCCUCCUGUAUGGUCAGGCAUAAAAAGAGACGAAUGAAAGAUGGAAAACGAGUCAGCCUUUGUGAUCUGCAGAAAAAAUGCCCUAAAUGCAAACUGUUUUACUGUAUACCCACAUCUACGGGCUUUAAUAAGCACAAGUGUCCCCGGGCCAGAUGUAAAAUCUGCGGGGAAGCGCUACCCUCUGACUCUAAGGCAGCCGUCGAGAAUCAUCUCUGCUACAUUCAGCCUCUCCCCCGCGAUUCAGAACAUACAGACAAAUUAAUCUUCUAUGAUUUUGAGACAUUUGUUGAUGAUAGACACGUGCACGUCCCCUUCCUGGUAUGCACAAAAACGUUAAAAGGGUUAGAGUGGAUGGCCUAUGGUCAGGACUGUGUCACAGCCUUUCUCACGCACUUCAGGAGACCCCUUUAUAGGGGCUCUACAUUCAUAGCGCAUAAUUCCAGAGGAUUUGACGGCUACCUGCUCCUUAAUGGUAUGGUAGAGUUAGGUUUACAACCCUCUAUCAUCAUGCAGGGAAGCAAAGUCCUAUGCUUCGAAGAUCCAGAUUUUAAUCUGAAAUACAUAGACUCCCUAUCCUUUCUCACCAUGCGUCUCAGCGCUAUGCCAAAAGCGCUGGGUUUCGAUGAUCAGACCAAGGGGUAUUUUCCUCACAAGUUUAGCUCUGAGAAGCGACUAAACUACAAAGGGCCCUACCCCCCACCCAAUGAUUAUGGCAUAGAGCGCAUGACGGGCGGCGAGCAAGAAAAGUUCUACGGCUGGUAUAAAGAGGCUAGUCGGAGGGUCUUUGAUUUCAAAAAGCAGGCGAUACAUUACUGCAAAAAUGACGUCGACAUCCUCUCUACAGGCUGCAUCAAAUUUAGAGAGGAGUUUCUGAGUGAGACAGGCGUUGACCCUUUUAGCCGCAUCACUAUAGCCUCAGCUUGCAUGAAGGUGUUUGUCACAAAUUUUCUGCCUCCCCGUAGCUUAGCCAUACCUUCGCCCGAUAACUACAGGCACCAAUGUAAAACUUACUCCAGAGCCAGCAUUCAAUGGUUAGAAUGGGUUUCUUACACCCAGGGGGUUUUCAUCCAACACGCUCUAAACAGAGGAGAGAAACAAAUCGGCAAGUACUAUGUAGAUGGUUAUGCAGAGGUGGGGGGUGCGAGGUACGCCUGGGAGUUUCAGGGAUGCUUUUAUCAUGGGUGCCCGACCUGCUAUGACCCUAGCGCUACUUGCCCAAUGACAAACACUCCCUACGAGGAGCUACACCUGGCUACUGAGGAGAAAAUACAGACGUUAAAGUCUGUUUACGGCGUACACACCUAUGUCAUGAGAGAGCACGAGUGGGUCGAGAUGAAAAAAUCACACCCCGGGGUAGUAAAGUUUCUCAAAACCUCUGAUUUUCCCGAACCUCUCUCCCCCCGACAGGCUCUUUUUGGCGGUAGGACGAGUGCCUUCAGGUUAAGGUACACGGCGGGGGAGGACGAGCGUGUAUUAUACGCGGACGUCACUUCUCUGUACCCGUACGUCAACAGCGUCUAUCCUUACCCUCUAGGUCAUCCCGUCAUUAUCCACAGAGACUUUGAUAACCCUGAAAACUACUACGGUCUAAUCAGGGCAGUCGUAUACCCACCUCGAGGGCUCUAUUUACCCUUGUUACCCUACAAAACGUCUAAAGGUAAACUAGUGUUUACUCUCUGUCGCACCUGUGCAGAAAUCAACAAUCAGCAGGGCGCAUGCAGACACGAUGAGGAGGACAGGGCAUUGACGGGGGUCUGGGUCACGGUUGAAUUUAACAAGGCCCUUCAGCUAGGGUACAGAGUAGGUAAGAUUACAGAGGUGUGGCACUUUGAGGAGCGUAGCGACACUAUCUUCUCAGGCUAUGUGCAGACCUUUUUGAAAGGCAAGCAGGAAGCUUCGGGGUAUCCUCCCGAGGCCGUAGAUCAGGAGAGCAGGGAAAAGUACAUCAGGGAGUAUCGUGAUAAUCAGGGUAUCCGGCUGAACGUCGGUAAAAUUGAGGUAAAUCCUGCCAAGAGACAGAUGUCAAAACUAUGUCUAAACAGCCUCUGGGGAAAGUUUGCUCAGAAAAACAUUUUGACUCAGACCACUCUGGUAAAGAGUGAGGAAGAAUUUUUUGACCUCGUGUUUUCAGGAAAGUACGAGGUCAAAUACUUCUCCUUUCUCAGCGACAAAACCGCUAUGGUGCAAUGGACCUACAGCAAGGGGUGUGUGGUACCUCCUAGUAAGGUAAAUAAUGUAUUUAUAGCCGCAUUUACCACCGCAUAUGCCCGCUUGAAAAUGUACGGUUACCUGGAGAGGUUGCAGGAGAGAGUUCUUUACACAGAUACAGACAGCCUGGUUUAUGUGGUGAAAGAGGGAGAGACUCCUCUGGAGCUGGGGGCCUAUUUAGGUCAACUGACGGAUGAGUUAGGGGGAGACAGCAUACAAGAAUUUGCCUCCGCAGGUCCAAAGAGCUACGCGUACCAAACCCGUCAAGAGAAAAAAACUGUGCUCCGUGCUAAGGGGAUCACUCAGACUCAGGAGUGUUGUGACCGAAUCAACUUUGAUAGCGUUAAGGAGCUGGUGGAGGGCUACCUGGAGCGUUCGGAGGAGGGUGUCAUUGACACCCCUCACCAACAAGUGGUACGCGAUAAAAGGGGGUUUCUCUUGAGAAACUCUUCAUUUCAGAAGAAGUUUAGGGUGGUGUAUGAUAAAAGACGCCUGUUUCCUGACGGUACGACUCUGCCUUUCGGAUAUUAAGGGACUUUUUUUUUGUUUUGUUUUGUUUUGUUUUGUUUUGUUGUUGUUUUCUUUCUAUGAUGGAGGAGGUAAACUUUGAUCCUAGACUUUGUGUACCUUUCUCAUGUAUGAUUGUAGGACCCAGCGGGUGUGGAAAAACUUUCUUUGUAAAACGGUUAUUGGAAAACUGUGAACAUGUGAUGGAUUCCGUACCUGAUAACAUUGUGUGGAUUUAUACGUCUUUUCAACCCAUGUAUGAUGAACUGAAAAAAAUGAAUAAAAAUAUCAAAUUUGUCGAAGGACUUCCUGACUCUUUUGAAGAUGAAAACCUGUUCCCGCCUGAUCAAACUCAUUUAAUCAUUCUAGACGAUGUUAUUUUUCAGGCCUCUGAUCACCCAGAGGUGGUUAAAAUUUUCACCCAAUACAGACAUCAUAGAAAUAUGAGCGUCAUGAUGUUGACGCAGAAUGUAUUUCAUCAGGGUAAAUACAGCCGCACCAUCAGUCUGAACAGUAACUAUCUGAUUCUGUUUAAGAACCCGCGUGACAAAUUACAGAUUAGUGUAUUAGCUCAGCAGAUUUUUCCCUCCCAAAAACCCUUUUUCCUGGAAAGUUUUGAAGACGCUACCAACGCCCCUCAUGGGUAUUUAUUGGUUGAUCUGACGCCUUCCUGCCCAGAACAAUACAGACUGAGAUCGGGUGUGCUUCCUCAUCAGUGGCCCACGGUUUACCUUCCCAAGACAAAAUUCUGACCUUCCUGAAACCA